AUGGGAUGCGGCUCCUCACAGAGCACGACUCCGGUGCUUUCUGACAGCCCCAUGCAAGGCUUUGAAGAGCCGGUGGUGACACUUCCUGGCACGCUGCUGUAUGUGUCCUCUGCUCAUCCAGCAACUGUGAUGCGCCGGUUCUCCUUGGCACCUGCAAGCGCAGAACUGCCUGGAGCUGUCGAAGACAAUCGACCUCCGAUAAGUUCUGCUGGUGUCAUUGUCGCGGUGGAUGAGCUGCCCGAGGUGAUGCAAGCGCCAGUGAGAUCAGAAUCUGAAAACGCCGCCACGGCGUCUGGAAUGGCAUCGCAGCCAGCGAAGCUGGAACAAGUGAUGCCUGCACGAGAAUUUACUUUACAGCCAAAGACAAUGCCUUGCAAGCCCAAGCCACUACAACCGUUACCGGAAUUCGCACCUCCAUCCGAUCCCAUGCCGCCGAGCCGACAGCGAGCAUGUCGAGAAGCGACUACCUCAAGAGAGCCAAAUCUCCCAGAGAUGGAGCCGGGGGAUGCAGCCGUCGAGGAUGAGGCCGUCGCAGUCGAGGAUUUCGAGGAUCAUGGAGAUUCUGCUGCUGCCAGGCUGCGAGAUCUGCUCUUCGCCAAGUGGGAAGCAGAAUCCGUGGUCUGCCGCAUCGCGAGCAAGGAGAUCCGCUCUCAGAUGACAUCGACUUCGAGUUCCACUCGCGAAUUCAAACCGAUUGCCGCCCCGCUCCGACCGCCCCGGCGUGGCCGAUGCGGUCACGGUGCUUGGUCCUUCGGAGCGCGGGGGCGUGGAGGCCACGUGGCGCUCAAGGCUCGGGCCUGCCUGGUGCCUCCCAGCUCCGAUGCAGGCCAGGGCCUCAAAUCAAUGGCCGAGCCGGCUCCUGUGCCUGUCAUGCAGCCAGACCCCGUGAUUCCGUUUGCUGGGCAGCAAGAAGCUGCAGUCUUGCCUGGUUCAGAAGCUGGUGAUGUUCAGGAUGUGUUCUCGAACGACUCGUCAAUGGAAGACCGUGGGGAUGUCUUGGACUCCUUCUUGCGCAAUGUGUUUUCACCCUUGGUGCCCUAG